UGCUGCCAUGAGCUCGACGCCGGAGACAAGCGCGUUGGCUGUGGCGCCGCCAGCCCCGCGCGUGGCGCGCGUCGUGGAAGAGACGAUCCCCAAGCCGGUUGAGGCGCACGACGAGAGCGAGACGAAGGAGCUACCGCUGACAGAGUGCGUCGAGUUCCGGCCCGACGACGAGGAGAUCUACCAUGUGGGCACGGCCGGCCUCAAGGCGCGCGUGCUCGACGGUCUCGAGGCCAUGGUCCAGCUGCGCGAGCUGCACGUGCGGUCCAACUUGCUCUACAAGAUGACGGGCAUCGAGUCGCUCGUGAACCUCACGCAUCUCGAGCUGUACGACAACCAGAUCAAGAAGAUGGUGGGUCUCGAGAAGCUCGUCAAGUUGCGCGUGCUCGACCUCUCGUUCAACGAGAUCCGGUCCAUCCCCGACCUUAGCCACUUGACGCAGCUGGAGGAGCUGUACGUGGCCAACAACAAGCUCACGCACAUCACCGGCAUUGCCAACCUGCGCACGCUCGUCAAGCUCGACCUCGGCGCCAACCGCAUCCGCACGAUCGAAGGCCUCGAGGGCCUCGAGAACCUCGAGCAGCUCUGGCUCGGAAAGAACAAGAUCACGGCGAUUCAGGGCCUCGAUGCGCUCGCCAAGCUCCGCGUCAUGAGCAUCCAGAGCAACCGGCUGCUCGCGAUCGACAACUUGAGCGCCAACGUCGCUCUCGAAGAGCUCUAUCUGAGCCACAAUGGUAUCGAGGCGCUCGCGAACCUUGGUCAUCUCACCAAGCUCACGAUCCUCGACGUGGGCGCCAACCGCAUCAAGAGCAUCCCGCCCAUGGGUGCGAACGUGGCCCUCGAAGACCUCUGGCUCAACGACAACGAGAUCAGCUCGUUUGACGACAUUCAGCACUUGGCGUCCAACUCCAAGCUCGAGACACUCUACCUCGAGCGCAACCCGCUCGCAUCGGACUUUGAGUACCGUCUCAAGAUCCAAGGUGCGCUCGCCAGUGUGCAGCAAAUCGACGCGACGCCGGUGGUGCGCCGCCAAGGGUGAUCGAAGUGGCGACAUCAACCAAGGGGAUAAGACACCAUUCUUAGUACAUGUCCUUGCCAUUACGCA